AUGCUGCGCUACUGGGGCGAGAUCCCCGUGCCCGCCGGCCAGGCCAACCGCAGCUCCUUCGACCUGCUCCAGCGCGAGUUCCGCACCGUGGAGGUGCAGGACCCGCCGCUGCACCAGCCCUCGGCCAACAAGCCGCGGGCCACCACCAUGCUGGACAUCCCGUCGGAGCCCUGCAGCCUCACCAUCCACACCAUCCAGCUCAUCCAGCACAACCGCCGCCUGCGCAGCCUCAUCGCCGCCGCCCAGGCCCAGAACCAGCAGCAAGUGGAGGGCAUCAAGACGGAGGAGAACGAGCCCCUGCCGCCUUGUCCUGCCUCUCCGCCGCUGCCCGACGACCUGCUUCCUCUGGAUAGCAAGAACCCCAAAAUGCCCUUUCAGCUGAGGCACAGUGACCCGGAGAGCGAUUUCUACAGAGGAAAAGGGGAGCCUGUGACUGAACUGAGUUGGUCCUCCUGCCGGCAGCUUCUCUACCAGUCAAUGGCCACCAUCCUUGCUCACACCGGCUUUGAGUGUGCCAACGAGAGUGUCCUGGAGACCCUUACAGACAUUGCCCACGAGUACUGCUUGAAGUUCACCAAGCUGCUGCGCUUCGCAGUGGAUCGAGAAGCUCGACUUGGCUAUACCCCUUUCCCUGACGUCAUGGAGCAGGUCUUCCAUGAAGUGGGCAUUGGCAGUGUGCUCUCGCUGCAGAAAUUCUGGCAACACCGUAUUAAGGAUUAUCACAGCUACAUGCUUCAGGUUAGCAAGCAGCUCUCAGAGGAGUAUGAAAAGCUUGUCAAUCCUGAAAAGGCAGCAGAAGACACAAAGCCUGUGAAGAUUAAGGAGGAACCUGUUAGUGAUAUCACUUUCCCCAUAAGUGAGGAGCUGGAAGGAGAUCUGGCUUCUGGUGAUCAGUCUUUGCCAGUGGGAGUUCUUGGAGCUCAGAGUGAACGCUUCUCUGCCAACUUGGAAGUAGAAGCUUCCCCGCAGGCUUCGGGGGCUGAGGUGAACGCUUCCCCUCUGUGGACCUUGGCUCAAGUGAAAAUGGAGCCCCAGGAAAAUGAGGAGGGCAAUGUAGCCGGGCACGGGGUCCUAGGCAGUGAUGUCUUUGAGGAGCCCAUGUCGGGCAUGAGUGAAGCUGGGAUGCCACAGAGCCCCAAUGGCUCUGAGAGCAGCUAUGGUUCUCAUUCUGCUGACAGUCUGAUGGGAUCCUCGCCUGUCUUCAACCAGCGCUGCAAGAAAAAGAUGAAGAAGAUGUGAAAAUGAAGAGGGGCUUCAUAUUUAAUCUUCUUGCUGUGUAAUGCAGACUUGAAAUGAGCAAAGAGAGUGAUGUGACGGCUCACAUAUAUAAACUGGGCUGGCCCUGGUGUUCGGGGGAUCUUGCAUGAUAUUUUAAUGAAGUUUGAUGUGUAGUGAAUAAUAUGGUCUAAAAGGGACCUCCUGUGGUCUCCAGUCCAAUGCUGUUCUUGAAGCAGGACCUAUUAGAAAAAACUCUUGCUCAGGUCUUGCCCUGUUGAGUUUUGAAUAUCUGCAAGAAUGGAGAUUGCAAACCUCUUUGGGCAACAUUUUCCAAUAUUUGAUCACCCCUCAUAAUUAAAACAUCAUCAACAACAACAACAAAAACACUUUUGAGAUCUGAUCUGAAUUUCUCAUGUUGUCCAUUUGUUUGUGUCUAUUGCCUCUUGUUCUAUCACUGUUCACCUUGAAGGGAGUCCUAUUCUGUCCUCUCUAACCUGUCUGUUAGGUUCUUGUAAACAGCAAGAUCUCCCUUUAGCCUUUGCUUCUCAGCAAAGCUUCCCCGGCCUCUCCUUGUACAUCCUGUGCUCUGUCCUUGAAGUUCUCGUAGGGGACUUAGUAGGUCAGUGUCGUUCUCRUAAGAGGGAGCACAAAAGUCAACACAGCCCUUCACGUUCUCAAGCAAUUCCUCCUUUAUAAUAACAAGUGCAGUAGACCUUAGUCCCUAGUUUCGUUGUUAGUUUUAUGGUCAGAGAAGUUGAUGGCCAGCUGUUCAAGACUUUUCAAGGAAGGAUUUUCCAGAGAGAAAGAAACAGUUUUUAUUAUUGCUUAGAGCUGAUGCUCACAAUGAAAACUUUUUCUUCGUUCCAUGGGACUGAGUGCAGCAGCUUCAGGCUAGCUGAGUUUGCCUAUUCAAAAUCUCUAUCUUGACAACUUAUUUGAAACAGAAUCUAUUAUACUGCCUGUUUUAUGGCCCAUCUGACUGAUGACUAUUUUUUCUGUUCUGCACAAUCUUCAGCUGAUCAACUGACUCUUUAACUACAUUCAGUGAGUAUCU